AUGCUUUCUUUCUUGAUUUUCUUCUUCAACAAUUCACUUUCCAUUUCUGUUUUCUUCCUUCAUUUAUUCUCAUUACCACAUUUCGCUAUUUUUUUACUUCUUUCUUUUUUUUCUUUCUUUCUUUCUUUCUUUCUUUCUUUCUUUCUCGUUUUCUUCGCUUUUUCUGUUUUCCACUUUCUUUCUUUCCUUCUUUCUUUCUUUCUUUUUUCCUUUCUUUCUUUCUUUCUUUCUUUCUUUCUUUUUAACAAGCUUUUCCGUUCCUAUUUUUUAAUUUUUUCUUUCUUUUUUCUUUCUCUUAAUCAUCUUUUUCUAUUCCCCAUUUCUUUCUUUCUUUCUUUCUUCGCCUUUUCUAUGUUUUCUACUCUCUUUCUUUCUUUCUUUCUUUCUUUCUUUCUUUCUUUCUUUCUUUCUUUCUUUCUUUCUCGUUCUCUUUGUUUUUCUAUGUUUUCCACUUUCUUUCUUUCUUUCUUUCUUUCUUUCUUUCUUUCUUUCUUUCUUUCUUUCUACUCAUUUUCUGUUUUCCACUUUCUUUCUUUCUUUCUAUCUUUCUUUCUUUCUUUCUUUCUUACAUUCUUCAUUUCUAAUAUUUUAUCAUCCCGCUCUUUUUCGCUCACUUUUUUCUUUCACUUUGAAACAUUUUCUUUUUUCUUCCCAGUCUCAUUUUCCUACUCUUUCACUCUUCCUUUUUCUCACGCAUUAUUUCUACUUCUCCGCUUUCCACUCUCACAUUAUUCUUCCUGCCUCUCACUCUUUUUACUUUUCCUCUGCUUCUCUUCUUUCCAUUUCCCCCCUCUCUCACUCUCUCUCUCUUCUUUUCCCCUACCCUUGUCUCUCGUAAGCAAAUGCCCACUUUCACUUCCUUACACUCCAUUUCACUCCCCCAUACGCUCCGAUUCCUUGUUCUUUACAUUUCGCUGCUCAGCUCGUCCGCUAAACUCUUUCGAUUCCUAA